AUGGCAUUGGUGAGACUACCAGUCGUCCUGGUCCUGCUGCUAAUUAUAUCAAUAAGCUUGGGAAUGGCAGCAGCAGAUUCAGCAAAAGAUAGAGACGAAUGUACGCAGCAGUUAGUAGGGAUGGCCACGUGUCUGCCUUACGUUCAAGGCCAAGCUAAGUCCCCAACACCAGACUGUUGCAGUGGUCUCAAGCAAGUCCUCAACAGCAAUAAGAAGUGCCUUUGCGUUAUCAUUAAAGAUCGCAAUGAUCCAGAACUGGGUCUGCAGAUAAAUGUCACGCUUGCUUUGGGCCUGCCUUCCGUUUGCCAGGUCCCUGCUAAUGUCUCCAAGUGUCCCGAACUUCUGCAUUUGGAUCCUAAAUCACCAGAAGCUCAAGUUUUCUAUCAAUUGGAAAGGAACUCUACUCAAACUGCCAACUCGAGUCUUGCUCCAAGUCCUAGUGCAGUUGAGGCUCCCGCCAGUGCCAAAAGCGUGGGGUCAAGUUCUAGCAGCCGAAACAAAGUCGGUGUGUUGCAGUGGAAAGAAAGAGACUCGUCCUGGUGUUUCGCCUUAAUGGUUUUCUACUUGUUCAUCUAG